AUGACCUUGAUGAGCGAAGAAUACAAUACAUCCUGGGCUGGCGACUCUGGACUAGGGCUUGGGCUCAUGGGAGAAUACUUUGGUGCUUGGCCCAAUGCGGACAAGACUCUCCUCACCGAGAGCCUAAUGUGUCUGGGAAAGAAAGGUGGUGAUGUGGUCGAUGACUACCUACAAGCCCGUUCGGAUGUUUGUAUCAGCACAUGCCCUGAAGCCAGCACGAAGCGCGCAAGCUUAGAGGCUUUGGGCUUGCUUUCGAAUCACAGCACUAAAACCCUGGGUGCCCGGAGAAUAGAUCUAGAUGAGGAGCCAUCUCCUAGUGGAAAUGGGUACCUGCCAACCUGGACGUACAUGAUCCAGGGUCUAAUGGACGGUACACUCACCCUGGUCUAUGAACAGCUAAUUUACACCAAUAGGGGUGAACAGUUUCUUGAGAUUGCUUGGCGAAUUCCGAGUGGUGACGAGGGCGCCGGUUAUCGCGAACGUAAUGAUGAUGAGUAUGUGGUUUUCCACUUUCACUUUGAACAUCUUCUCAAUAUCCACGGCACCGACUACGCUGGGGUCUACGCAAUGGUUGCUUUCCACGGCCAGGGACGUAGUCCCAACAGCCGUGUAAAUGGCAACGACCGUACCGACCGGAAUUUACGAGCCGAGAUUCUUCGCUGUAACACCGAAGAUGAAGCAAAUGAGUUUACGCAAUACUGGUACCCAGGGUAUGCUUCGGUUGACGCCAGGAGCAAUUUCGGAAACUGGAUAGUCGACUUUGGGGUAUGGUUGCAUGAACAGGAUCUAGUCACCGCGCGGACUUUCACACACUUUAACCGUGGACAAUUGGAAACCUACCAUGAUGAAGACAGCUUUUGUCCAGAACGCCGAUACUUCGAUUGGGGGGGGUAUACUCGAAGUCGUCAAUUUACUCCGGGAGGCGGAUCCGAAGGAGACCCUAGCCAGGGCGAAGACGAUCAAAAUGACGAUGACGGAGUAUAG